AUGAAUGAGUCGUGUAAGUAUGUGCCAAACAUUAAUGAACAUUGCAGACAAGAAGAGAUCGAGCCAGAGCCGGGCGGGUGGCGGCACAUGGACGUGUUCGAAUACUGGUUCAUCAGAGUCGUUAUGCGCUGUUGCGUAGCCUUCAAAGAGCGAUGA